ACCGUAAAUUCUCAUAUUUCGUGUUUAAUAUCACAACCACAGCACUACACAUUUUAUUUCUUAUUUUCAUGUCUCAACUCUAAUUGAUCCUCUCUCUGGAUUCAUCAUCGAAUUCUCACAAAUCAAAGGAUAUUGGCAUUGAAAAUCUGUCAUUUCAUUCUUUCUAAACGGGGAUUAGGUAACCUGGUAUGGGAGUUGUGACUGUUUCUAGUUCAGCUGCUCGGACUCCACUAGGAUUGAAUUCAAAGUUUUCCAGUUUUCGUCCUGCACUGAAGAGACCUUUAGCUGUAGCAUUUAAAGGAGAUAAACCGAAUGAUACAGCUUUGGUUGCAACUCAAGAGAAAUUUCAUAUGUCUGUCGAUACGGCCAAGACACAGAAGAAAAGGAUAGGAAAAGCUAAUAAACUACCUAAGAGAGUAAGAGCUGUCUUUACCGAGGAAGUUUCUCCGUCUUCCUUGAAUGUGGACUACAAUGAAGCUGCUGCCAUACUCGAAAAUAUAUACAAACUCAGCCCUGCAUCUGAUACUUGUGAUGCGGAAUAUAUAGAUAGUAAGAUCAAAAGAGUCUCUCGGAGGGGGAAGAAGAUUGGUGAUGAUGAUAAAGAAAAGGAGUUAAAGAAUGAUAGGGUGGUCAGGAACCAGAACAUGAAAGCCAAACGAUUGAGUCUUGAUAAGAGGAUUGCAUUAAAAAAGAGCCAAAAUGGGGAGGUCAUCAUUCCAACUCAGAAGAAAAGAAAUGUCAAGAAUAGGAUUGAGAAGAUUGAGGAACUUGUUAGGGAAUAUUCAGCAUCUACUGAUUUUAUCAGCAUGGACUGGAAAAGAAUGAGAAUACCUCAAGUUCUUCCUUCUUCAGAGCAUGCUUGGUUGUUCAAGUUGAUGCAACCUAUGAAGGUACUCCUUCAAGUGAAAGAAGAUUUACAAAAGGAUCUAGCGAGAGAACCUACAGAGGGUGAACUAGCUGAUGCAACAAACAUGAGCAUUGCUCCAGUGAAGAAAGCAAUAGAGGUUGGUCGAGCUGCAAGAAACAAGCUCAUAAAGCACAAUCUCCGGCUUGUCUUGUUUGUGAUCAACAAAUAUUUUCCAGAUUUUGCUAGUGGCCCAAGGUUUCAAGAUCUUUGUCAGGCAGGAGUUAAGGGACUUAUAACAGCAAUUGAUCGGUUUGAGCCAAACAGGAGAUUUCGGCUAUCUACAUACGGUUUGUUUUGGAUAAGACAUGCCAUCGUCCGUUCCAUGACCCUCUCAAACUUCACACGUGUUCCCUUUGGACUUGAAUCGGUUAGAGCAGAGAUCCAAAGAGCUAAAGUAGAGUUAAGAUUUGAGCUUCAGAGGUCCCCAACAGAGGAAGAAAUAAUAGAAAGAGUUCAGAUAUCCCCUGAAAGAUACCAUGACGUAAUGAAGGCAUCAAAAUCCAUUCUUUCCCUGCAUUCGAGACAUAUAACAACACAAGAGGAGUUUAUUAAUGGGAUCACUGAUGAUGAUAGUGUUAGUAGUGAUAAUAGGAGACAACCUGCCCUACUAAGGCUUGCUCUUGAUGAUGUGCUUGAUUCCCUGAAGCCAAAGGAGAGCUUGGUGAUAAGACAGAGAUUUGGACUUGAUGGUAAGGGUAACAGAACGUUGGGAGAAAUCGCUGGGAACUUGAAUAUUUCAAGGGAAAUGGUAAGAAAACACGAAGUCAAGGCUUUCAUGAAGCUCAAGCAUCCUGCUCGAUUGGAUUAUCUUCGUCGUUAUGCCGUAUAAAUAGACUAAUGUAUAUGCUUCCCUUACAGAAACAUUUGCCAUGGUAGUCCCACCUUACCUAGUCAUACAGUAGAGUGGUAAUUUGUAUCACCGGUUAUUUAAAUACCCAUAAUCAUAAUCAUACUCAUGUAAUUUGUAUAUGAUAGUCUUGAAAUUGCACAAAUCAUAUAACUGCACUGCCUAUACGUGUUACACGUAAUGUGUCUUCCUUUAAUGAAAAUACAUUUUAUUUUAUACAA